AUGGCAUCAUCCACCCCCCAAUCGAGCAAUGGGCCAUCUGGCUCCAGCUCGGGCGCCAAGAAGCAGCUGAUCAUCAACGCCUUUGUCGAGUCCUGCAGUGGCCAUCAGUCCCCUGGCCUUUGGAGGCAUCCGCGGGACCGAUCCUCGGACUUCAAUAAUAUCAAACACUGGGUUGAGCUAGCCCAGCUGCUGGAGAAGGGUAAUUUUCAUGGGAUGUUUAUUGCUGAUGUGCUUGGCUCCUAUGAUGUAUACAAAGGCCCGCGGAAUCCCGACCCGGCGAUUGUCUCAGGGGCACAAUGGCCGGUCAAUGAACCGCUUGCCGUUGUCCCAGCCAUGGCAGCGGCGACCAAGAAUCUCGGCUUCGGUGUCACCCUGGCCACGACUUAUGAGCAGCCUUACCAUCUCGCUCGAAGGCUGAGUACAGUCGACCACUUGAGUGGGGGCAGGGUCGGCUGGAACAUCGUGACUGGCUACCUGGACUCAGCAGCGAGAAACCUUGGCCACACUGAACAGCCAGAUCACGAUGAGAGAUACGCGAUUGCGGAGGAAUACGUGGAGGUGAUGUACAAGCUAUGGCAAUCGUCGUGGCGCGACGACGCAGUGAAGCUCGACAAGGAGAAGGGCAUAUACACAGACCCGAAGCUCGUUCGGACAAUUGACCACGUCGGGAAGUACUACACAGUUCCCGGGCCGCACAUCUGCCAGCCAUCUCCGCAGCGGACUCCAGUCAUCAUGCAAGCCGGGACCUCAAAGGCAGGCAAGACCUUCGCAGCACGACACGCCGAGGCCAUCUUCGUAGCCGGGCACAGCCCGUCGGUGAUCGCCAAGAACAUCGCCGAGAUCCGGGCAAUGGCGCGGGACGACUUCGGGCGCGACCCGGCCAGCAUCAAGUUCCUGGCGAUGCUGUGCCCGAUCAUCGCGGACACGGCCGAGGAGGCGACGGCCAAGUACCAGGAGUUCGUGGGCUACGGGUCUGAGGACGGCGCGCUGGCGCUGUUUGGCGGCUGGACGGGGAUCGACCUGGCCAAGUACGGCGACGACGAGGAGCUGCGCCACGUCGAGUCCAACGCCAUCCGGUCCGCUGUCGAGUCGUGGUCCAAGUCCGUUCCGGGCGUCCCCAAGUGGACCAAGCACACGGUCGCGAACCAUAUCAAGGUCGGUGGCCUCGGGGCCACUGUGGUGGGCACGGCGGAACAAGUCGCGGACGAGAUGGAGAGGUGGGUCAGGGAGGCUGACGUGGAUGGCUUCAACCUGGCUUAUGCGCUGAUGCCUGAGACCUUUGAGGAGGUGAUCGAGCGCUUGUUGCCUGUACUGCGUCAACGUGGGCUGUUCUGGGACGGGUAUGCUGUUGAUGGCGGGACUUAUAGGGAGAACUUGUAUGGAAAGAAGGGACUUGCACGGCCUCCACCAGACCAUGUGGCUGCAAAAUACCACUGGAAAGCUGGCGACUAG